ACCACGAUGCGCAGCGGAGAAGCUGUGAUUGGAGAUUGUUAGAGGGUCUGGGUAGCUGCGGUCAAGAGCAGUCGAGCUCUGGGUCUCUGUUGGUCUUUGUUAGGGUGGCUGGGUAUCUGCUUGGUGCUGGUUGGUCUUCAGUUAGGUGGCUGGGGGUCCUGAAGUAUUCAUGGCUGAAAAGCAGCUGGAGGAUCCUAAGUCCAUCCCAGCAGAGCAGACCAAGAUGUAUUCACAGAACCAGUUCAGUCUGAGAACACCGCAGCCUGGACACAGACAGUCCACACGUAGGGAUCCUAAGAAGUGGGUGAGGUCUGGGUGUGUUAAUGGGGUGCAGCCUAGCAGGGCCAUGAAGUCCCAUCACUCCCCAGAGAACGCGGCCAGGGAGAGGAGCCGUGUCCGUAACCUCCGCCAGGCCUUCCACAGCCUGCAGGCAGCCCUGCCCUCCGUCCCCCGUGACACCAAACUCUCCAAGCUGGACGUCCUGGUCCUGGCCACCGACUACAUCGCCUACCUUACUGAGACCCUGGAUCAGGGAGGGCCUCUGUCUGAACUCCCACUACCCCCCAGGGCAGGGGGCUACCUCCACCCAGUCAAGAAGUGGCCGAUGCGCUCCUUGCUGUACUGUGGGAGUGUGGGAGGACUGCUGUCAGCCGCCAGUGUCAGGAGAGAAGGAGACACAUCCACUGACCCCUAGCCCAGAGGUCAACAUGGACAGAUCCAUUUAGUACUAGGAGCGAUGAAAUACCAAUAUAUCCAACUGUGCUGCUUAUGAAACUGCAGUGAAUUGCAAUGUACAUGUAAUGUACUUGCUGAACACGGAAACUCCUACAAUGUCCAGGGGAUUAGAUACAAUGAUUAAGAUAUAAAAUACAAAAUCAAAGGAUCGCUUUGCUUAGCACAUUGUACCACUUAUUUAUUACACUGCAUAAAACAUAAAUCACUAAAAGUGGGUAAAAUAAUGUUAUGAUCAAAGAGUGCAAUGUUGACCAUUUCAGUGACUUAUUGUGUUUUUAGCUUUAAGAUUAAUUAAAGUUGAUCUUUA